AUGAGGGGCCUGCUGCUGACCGCUCUUCUGGCUUUGGUCCCAGAGCCCAGGGCCCAGGCGGUGUGGCUGGGAAGACUGGAUCCUAAGCAGCUGCUCGGGCACUGGUAUGUCCUCGCUGUGGCCUCCCGGGAGAGGGGCUUUGCCGUGGAGAAGGACGUGAAGAACGUCGAGGGGGUCGUGGUGACACUCACUCCAGAAAACAACCUGAAAGUGCUGACCUCUCGGCACGGCCUGGAGGGUUGCAACCAGAACAUUGUGCAGCUGCUGAGACAGAAUUCCGGAUGGGUAUUUGAGAAUCCCUCUCUGGGCGUGCUGGAGUACCGGGUGCUGGGCACUGACUUCAAAGACUACGCCAUCAUCUUCACCCAGCUAGAGUUUGGGGACGAGGCCUUCAACACUGUGGAGCUGUACAGUCGGACAGAGAUGGCCAGCCAGGAGGCCCUGCGGCUCUUUACCAAGUGGAGCAAGGGCCUGGGCUUCCUGUCCCAGCAGCAGGCCCAGCUGCAGAAGGACCUCACCUGUGCACGCAAGAUCCUCCAGCCCAGGCUGGCUGGAGGCUCGUGCUCAGGGGAGGGUCAGACGCCCUCAGGGGGCCAGGCGGAGAUUUAA